UUUAGUUUUGUUGUAGCAAUCGUGUAGUUUUGUUUUUGACGUGUCAGUGGUUUUUUAACAGACAGAUUGUGCCAAAGAAAUCCGCUAAAAUUUAAAAUUAUAUUAAAUAUAUUCCAUAUACCAGCCAUAAAAUAAGCUAAAAAAUGUAUAACACACUUUUAGUGUUGCUUGUGUUAGGCUUGGCAGCCGUAAAUGGCCAGCGAGUGGCUCCCGGUGUACCACCACAGCACUAUCAAGCACCACAACAAUAUCAACAGCAUCCCCAGCAACAACAGUAUCAACAACAUCCUCAACAGAAUUUACCACCUGGAGUAAGUCCCCAACAAUAUCAACAAAUGCAACAACAGCAACAAAUGCAGCAGCAGCAACAAAUGCAAUACCAACAAGUACCGGUGCAACAGCAGCCACCAGUUCAACAAGUACCAGUACAACAAGUACCAGUUCAACAAGUUCCAGUACAACAAGUACCAGUACAACAAGUACCAGUUCAACAAGUUCCAGUACAUCAACAAGUACCUGUUCAACAGGUUCCCCAAGGGCAUGGUGGCGGCCACCAUGCUCCUCAUGGUCAUCACGGUCAACAACAAGUCUUAAAUGCUGCUAAUAUUCAACAUGAAAGGGAGCAUAUCCAAGAGCAUAUGCAAGUACCUAUUGACACCAGCAAAAUGUCGGAGGCUGAAUUACAAUUUCAUUAUUUUAAAAUGCACGACUCCGAUAAUAACAACAAAUUAGAUGGUUGCGAACUCAUUAAAUCUCUAAUCCACUGGCAUGAACAAGGAAGUAAAGAUGCUCAUGCCAAUAACGGUCAACAGCCAACUGUAGAGGAAAAAAUAUUUACAGAUGAAGAACUGGUAGCUUUAAUUGACCCCAUCUUACAAAUGGACGAUACCUCAAAGGAUGGUUAUAUUGAUUAUCCCGAAUUUAUGAGGGCCCAACAAAAAUCACAACAAAAUCAACAACAAGCUCAAAAAAGUGGCCAUUAGUUUUCCAUUUCAUUAAUACUGUGUUCAUUUUAGAUUAUUUUCUGUUUCCAAGUCUUUUUUACUGUUGUUUAGUCAUUUUAAAGAAUCUCUUUUUUUAUUUUUUGUUACCUUAAUUAAAUUUUUCUAAAUGAGCAUCUCAAUAUUUGAACAAAAAAUCACUAUUACAUAUAUUUAAAAUUUUUUUUAUUUAUUUUUUGCACGGGUUUUCUAACUUAAAAAUAUUAAAUGACUGAUUAUGAAGAAGCUCAGUUUUAUAUCAAAAAAUAUAAAACAAUAUACUGACGUACAAUUGUUUGAUCAAUUGUAUUAUAAGAUAAAUAAAAUAAACUUAGAAUGACAUAAUUUUUAAAAGAUAUUUUAAAGGAA